UCUCACAUGUGACAACAAAUGGACCACCAAAAGUUAAAUUUGUAAAUAAAUCUCCCUAAAUUUGCCUUAAAUUAAUCGAAAAAAGUGAAAAAUGGGUGUUCAUAAAUUGGAUUUCUACAUUAACAAAACUGCUCCUGCGGGAAUUAAGAAAGAAAUUUCCAUCAAAGAGGAAAUUGUUGAUUAUUGCUUGACUUGUGACAAGGAACCCUUAAUUGUCGUUGAUUUGACGUACUUUCUCUGUGGCGGCCCGAGUCUUUCUCGCGAGGAGCAACUUUGCGGAGGUCGAGCUAAUCGUUUUCUGCACAACGUCAAGUCAUUCUUCGUCGGUUUGCGUAAUUUGGGUGCUCGUUUGGCUUUUUUCGCGAAUGCCUACACCAAAGAUGAGGAUUUCGAGCAAUGGAUUGAAAAAGCCGAGGCACGUUAUCAAAAGGAAAUUGCUGUUUUGGAAUAUUUUUAUCAUGGCGCUACGUUGGAAGAUGUCACAAAGUUUUGUUUAAGCAACAAAAUUUACGUUUCCCUGCAAAAAGUGACGAAUCAAGCAGUUUUCGAGAUCGCUCGUGACCAAGGACGCAUUUUCAAGAUGCAUAAUCUGCCGCAAGCUGUUGCCACGUACGCGAAUGUCAACAAAGCCUUUGCCGUACUUGGAAAUAACUCGGAUUACAACAUUUACGGCGGCGAAUGGCGCUACUGGAAUGCCGGGAGACUAUUUAUGCGCGAUAUGAACGUGGUGCAAGUCGAAAAACGUCUCUUGCGAGAACAUUUGGGCUUGACCGAGGACCAAAUGCCGAUUUUUGCAACGAUGAUGGGCAAUCACAUCAUUCCAGAGGAAGCGGUGAAGGAAUUUCACGAGAUAAUUCAGUCGGAAGUGCUUGUGGAGAAAAUUGCGAGCAUCAUAAGUCAAAGUACGGAUGCUGUUCCAACGGGAGAUGACACAAAAAUCAUGAUGUCACUCGCUUUUGAGGAUGAUUUUGAUCAGGAUUUGAUCCGGAAGAGCUUGAAACAUUACAAAACGCUUCCAACGUUUGAAGUACCAAAAGUCAGCGACAACAAGCUCAUUAACCAACUUUAUUACGAAAGCGAUCUCUUCAGCUACCAAGUUUUGAAUGAAAAGGUCCUUUACACCUCAUUGCAGUUUGUGGACUUGCGAAAAACGGACAUCCCAUUGUAUUCGGAGCUUGCAUUGACCCUCCGGCGCAAAUGUGUGGGCAUUUUGGUCAAAAACAAGCCAGGAGGGAAGCAUCAACAAACGUUCGUCAUCAAAACAGAGCACGAAGAGCCCUUUUCCAUGGUCAAAUUGGACCCGAUCUUCCCCGAAUGUCUUGUUCCGUCAUUAAAGGACCUUUUCAUGCCGCUAAUCCUCAAAACGGCAUCUUUGGAGUACAAAAUGCAACGUUAUGACCUCUUAAAGUUCGUAAUUUCAGAAAAAUUGACUCAACCAACGAUUGAUUCGAUCCCAAAACAGUAUCUCGCAACUGCCGUAACCAUUUUCUACAUGUUCGAGAACAAAUGUUUGACCGUUGAUGAGGCCGAUAUCUUCACCCUUUCCACGUACGCAGCUGUCAUGAAGAAGAUUCCCACGAAACUGGCGCCGCCCGAAACGUUGAAUCAUCGUGCUUUUCGUCUGACUUUCAUGUUUUUGCGGCUUUCGGAGCACAUUAAGCGCGCUUUUGUCAUUUGUGGGCUCUCGCAAUUGGUGGAUGAGACUUGCUUCGACGGAUUUCACUUCCAUGCGACUUACGAAAAGUUCAUGCAACAAGAUUUCAAGCAAAAGGAGAAGAUGAUGUCGAAUACCGCGUCAUAUGUGCAGCUUUAUCGCACAUUAAAUGACUUGCCGACAAUUGGGGGACUGAAAAAAGAAAAGUCCAGCGAGAGAAAAAUUUAAAAUUGACAAAAAAUUAUGCGUUAAGGUAAAAGUUUGAAACUUCUGACAGUAAAAAAGUACAAAAAGUACUUCAAAAAAGUAAUAAUAACGAAAAUUAA